AUGGCUCUUUCACUGUCACAGAUGGUGUCCAACCCCCUCCCGCAGACCCCUCGUUAUUCAUCCCUCCCUGCGAAAUCCUCCCCUCCGCCUGUUCCUACGGUAACCAGCAGUCAAUUAGCCAAUGAGGUGAUUAAGAAACUUCUGCAGUUUCAGUUGGUCAGUCGUAUGGAAAGUCUGAAUAGAGAAGACGACGAUUAUUCCGUACAAUAUUCCUCACCCAUCCACUCAAGCAAUGUGUCUCUUGACUCGAGUGUCCAUUCUGGAUCUGGAAGGAGUCUCUAUAAGACUGAAAUUUGUAAACGCUACCUAAUGAACCCGAAUUCUGCCUGUGAGUACGGUGCUCGCUGCAGAUUUGCGCAUGGGUUGAAGGAGCUCCACCUGACUGCUCGUCAUCCGAGGUACAAAACAGAGCACUGUAGGGCAUACCAACUGACUGGUAGCUGCCGUUACGGUAAGAGAUGCGAUUUCAUUCACAACGAGACUCCCUACGAGUUGGAGCUAAUGAGAACGGAGAACGCACUUUAUCAGGAAUACUGUCUUCGUCAUCCAAAGGCAAAACACGUGACCCUCCUGGAGGUUCUAAGAGAAUUUGUGCCCACUCGACCCGAAUUCACCGGACUGCUAAACCACGUGGAAAUGCAUUAG